GACGCACGCCAUCCAUCAUCAGCUCGCACCGGAUAGUUAAAAAUUUAUUAUACGAACAUUUGACAGUUCUGAAGAAAAACAAUUUUAUUUAUUUACGCCCGUUGUUUUGACGCUUUUAUUUUAUUAUUCAUAUGAAUGUGAUCGUUAAACAAAGUUAUGAAUUUAUUUAUUGAACUAACCACCGGAAAAAAUUGGCCACUGCAAAAUGGAGUCCAGUGAGUGGCAUUUCGUUUGUACGAUGUAGUAUAAGCGCCAGUAAACCAGUGUAAACAACUUAACACAAGAUCCUGAAGCAGUAGUAUCAGCAAUAGCUCCAAGCAGGUGGUGUGCAAGUAGACGAAAGCAGUUGACACGGAUCGAGGGUCGUUAGUGGUAAAGUGACGAUGCCUUGGUUACUUCCGGACAAGACUUGACCACCAUCUGCACAUACAUAUAUUGUCAAGUGUUUCUCGUGAGAAUAACAGCGAGUGUCCCCAGACUCUCCUUGAAUUCUGUACCAUGUCUAGCUUGACGUCGACCUCCAUCUCGAGCACAGUGGCAGGCCAAAUAACAAGCACCCUCCUGCCAACAGUGACCAAGAUUGACGCAAUAAGGGAUGACUCAAGUUCUCUGUCUGUUGUUCUCGCUUUCUCAAUUGUUUUUGUUCUCGCUCCCGUGACCAUCACCAGCAACACCAUGAUUCUAGCCGCCUUCUACAGAUACAAGAGACUCAGGACCGCCUCAAAUUGCUUACUAGCUUCUCUCGCGGUCAGUGACUUCGGGGUCGGAGUAUUCAUACCUUUUGGUGUCCACAUGGAGCUGUCAGGUAUCCCCGAGACCGGGGUUUCAAGUCUCCGUAUUAUUCCAUACUGCAUCGUUAUCACUCUGUGCAGUGUCAGCGUCCUCGUCACUGUUGCAAUAGCUGUCGAUCGGCUUACAUCACUUGCUCAACCACUUCGUUACAAAAAUAUCAUUACUCACAGCAGCGUCGAGAAAUAUAUCGCUGUCUUCUGGGUCUACGCUAUCGUCGUCGGACUAUCGCCACUCAUUUAUGCACACAUUAUGGGUUUCACCCCAACCAAUAGUGGGAGUUGUCGUUUCGGAGCAGCGGUACAACCACCCGUGCGUGUAUUUCUAGUGGUAGCAGUUUGGGCGCCAAGUGCAUUCGUUUUGCUCGGCUGUUAUAUUUAUGUCUACCUCGUUGCACGUGCACACGCCCGAGCAAUCUACACCGUCGAGCUGUCAUUCAGACAUCAAACCCAGACACUGGCACUGCCGCGUUAUGGUCAAACUUUAGCGGUGACUGUUGGAGCUUUUCUCAUUCUCUGGCUGCCUUUUCAGGCUUGCAUGCUGCUUGAUGUAUUUUGUGGUACUCGUAUCUUGUCGGAGUGGUCAGUUGUGUGGCUCGGACUCCCGAUUCUAGCUCACAGCGGCGUAAAUCCCUGGAUCUAUGCUUUUCAUCACGGCGAAAUGCGUGUAGCAGCUGGGAAAAUAGCCGAGGACGUAGUGACCCUCUUUGGCAUUCAUCCAAGUCGGUACGGAUGCUCACCAGUCGGCCGUGGUGGUUCUAAUCUCGAGCUUGCUGCGGUAAACAAGAGCCACGAGGAUCGACGACCGCCUGUUGAGGAUUGCUUCGCAGCAAAACAACAAAAUAAUUUUUAUCCUGUAAAGGACAAACGCUCGGAGACGACGAGUAAUAAUGUUGAGAUUUCUCCCGAGGGCAAUGAUUCGGGUAAGCGCUUUUCCCAGUAUGAGUCGGUCGUCGAUGUAAUCGAAGAGGAUGUUCACGACCUUGCUAAAAUGCUCGGGGCUGAUUUUGCUAUUGAUAGAUGUCAUGUGAUAGAUACCAAUCAUAAUGUAGAUAAAAUAAAAAAUCUUAAAUAUUUACUUGAUCCGACUUUUAAUAAAAUACGUCAUUUACGUAAAUUGAAUCACAAACCGAUGGUGUGCUGUGGCAAACAUCAACGAAAUAACCAGGGAAAUAAUUUGAAUCAAUUUAAAUUCAUUUCGUAUCAGAACUUGAAAAGUGAUAUAAAUAGUCGAAGAACGCUCAAACUAAACGCUUUGUCAGAUCCUACGCUGAAUGUAGACACACCAUACCGCGACAACGUGGAUCUGGGUGAAGGACUUCACAAAGACACAUUACUACGCUUUAAUCAACGAAGAGACUCCGGUCUGGCCUCUAUGUCCGAUUCUAACAUCAAAGCUAUUAAUCUUGUCAAGUCACACAGUCAUCGGGUUGUGGUGCCUGAGUGUCAUCGGUACUCUGUUCAAAGCCUAGAUCACUCCCGGUGUCUUAUUCAAUCUCGUAAGCCAGACAGAAAAACGUCUCGGGACUUAAACCCCGUAAAAACCAGGAGUGAGAUUGCUGCGAAAUGGCGGCAGGCGGCAUCAAAACAGCUUACUGUCACCGCAAAUAAACUUACAAGCUUCUUCCACCCGGAACACCAUCGGCUCUACAAUUUUCGUGGUUCACAGCAGACUAGUACUGCAUCAACAUCAUCAUCUUCACAUCUACAAGCACCACAGAAAAACUUGGAUAGCCUGAGGCACUCCGAGUCCAUCAGUUGUGGAAUUGAAAGAUCAACUUGCUCAAAAUUACUAGAGCCCGCAAGACUUACAAGUACAUUAACUGUUCCUAUUAUUCACUCAGAACCGCCAAGUCCGCAAGUUGACUUUCCUCCUUUAGCAGCAUUAAGGGAAGAAGAGUCUGCGGAUGACAUGGAAGCAGUCCGGUAUCCUCAAACAAGACGUGGCAGCUCAAAGAGCCCAGUAAGACACUCAGAUCCCUUUCCUUAUGUUUUGCUUAACAUCGAAGACUUUGAUAGAAAAAUAAGUCCCGAUGUCUCUAGUCAUACCUUAAGAUCAAUAGAUCCGGACGAACUGAUUGCAGCUUUAUCUAAAACGUCACAGUCUCCCGAAUUACGGCGAUCAAGUACUAAUCUUUUUCCCGAACAUGAUUCUACGAGAUUUAGCUCACGAAGACCCUCGGACUUACGAUGGUCAGAAGCUUCCAGAAGUCAGGAGAUUAUUUCUAAUAUAAACGAACACCAAAAGUCACCCUCCUCAUACUCCGUUAAUAAUUAUCAGACUUGUAACAGCGGGAGUGAUUUGAAUGACGUAACUUGUCUGGAUUCAUUUAUGUGUCCCGACCCACUGAGUUCAUCCCUGCGUGAGUCUUUUUUUGAAGCACCGUCUAAUCCAGACUCUGAUGUUUUUACGUCACUAGAAGACACUGAAAUAAAAGAAUCAACGCCGGAUCCACGACGCUGGAUCCUCCCUCCUGUUCACUCCUCAGUGUCUUCAGUUAAUAAUAAAAUUUUAAAUAAUAAUAAUAAUCAUAAUAACCAUAAUAACAGUAGCAACAAACGACCAGAAAAUGAAUCACAUCAAAGUAAAUCAACAGAGUCGGUAAUGUUUAGGUGUCGGCAUGCUAUUUUAAGGCUGCAGAUGAUGGGCCACAGAGGGAAAAUUUGUCUCAAUACUAGCAAAGAUUUAAUAAUAAAUGGGUCGAAAAAAAAUGUGAAAUUAGCGCCACUUGCUACACCCACGCCCAUUGACAUUUGUUCACCCUCUGUCGAGAUUAAGGGCUCACCUGGUAUCGGUGUUAGAGUAUGAAUCUGCCUAGGGAGAUUAAUUAUUUAAUCUUAGAUGGAUUUAAAAUUGUACAAAUAAAUAUUAAUAAUAAUAAUAAUAAUAAUAAUAAUAAUAGUAGUAACAUCAUCGACGUCAAUUUAUUACUACUGAGACGAAGAUGGAAUUAUCAAAUAAUAAAAUAUAUAAAAUCAAAAAUUAUUUGUUCGAUGGUCGUGAUUUGUCGCGUCGUGUGUAGUUUUUGAAAUAAUAUAGAGACUUAAUUAAAAGGAGAGACAGAAUUGAUAAGUAAUUUUUUAAAGAUUGUGGUAUGGAUUGAAAUCGAGUCAGCAAAAAAUAUCCAAUAUAUUGAUGACCGAUUACUGUGAUAGAAAUUUUAUGAGAAAUGAUUGUUGUACCUGUAUAAAAAUAAAACAAAUAAUAUAUAUGUGUAUGUAUAUAUAUUAUGUAUAUUUACUGUAAGAUAAUUAAUAAUAAUUUUUUCAUCAAUAAUUUAUUUAUUGUGCCAAUUUGAGCGAAUUCAAUUGCCAAAGCUUUGAUUGCGACAGUUGAAUACAUAUAUUUGUAAUUAAGAGUUUUAAAAAUAAAUGAAGAAAAAUAAUUAAGGACCAAAAUUAACUCGAAUAGUUGUAGCUCAAAUUAAUAAAAAUUAAGAAUUUUCAUUACAACUCUAUUUUUUUUCAUUUUUUCAAAAAAUAAAAUCAUUAUUGCAAACAAUGCGCUUGUACAUGGCAAAAAAAUUUAUAAAUGUAAUGCAAAUGUUUCCUCAAAAAUUAAAAAGCUGUUUGUAAAAUAGAUUUUUAGUAUGAUAUAAAUAAAUAUAAUAAUUUCAAAAUUAAUGUAUAUCAAAUGCCAAUUAAAAAAUGUAACAGAGCUACUUUUUAUACGUAUAAGCAAAGCACGUGUAUGUACUUUCUCAUAUAUGAUCAGUUACCUGUCAAAACUCACGUACCUCUAUAUAGAAUUUUUAGUAUUUCUGAUACUAAAAUUCUAUAGCAACUGCGUCCGAUACUCACAAUAAAGUUAAUAAAAAUGAGAAUGAAACAAUACCAAAGGAAUCCAUAAUUAAAUUACAGAUACAGAUACAUUCAUAUCCAUAUAUAUUUUUAUGAAAAAGCUUAUAUUUCCUCUGUAAAAAUCUAAAAUAUUCAUCGGUUAUUCUUAUAUAAAAAAGUUCAAUUUAUUAUUA